UAGCAUUUCUUCAGCCCUUUGUACCGUGCUUGGCACACAGCAGAUGCUCACUCAAAUACCGAAUGAGCAGAUACAACAAUCUCUCUCAGUGGCUAAAGGCACCAUGAUCAGCAUCAGCCCCUUUUCCACUCUCCAAAGGCCAGAGUUUAUGUGAACGGAGCUCCCUGGCAUUGGACUGUGCACAACCUGCACAACUGUGUUCAGCUGCACCCUUCCGAAGACCACUUCUUUCCCAUUUCACAGUCACCACAGUGAUUGACCAGUUUGCUGGCAUUGACUACAGCUUGGUGGGAGCUCCCGAGGUGACCUCUGAGGGCCUGGACACACCCUUCAAGGGUGAAUUCUUCAGCCUAAGCCAGCGCUCCCCAGUCCCUUUUGAUGCCCCGGCCAUCAGGCUGCCCCAGCAACACGACCGCAUGCUCUACUUUGCCGUGUCGGAAUACGUCUUCAACACAGCCAGCCUCGUCUACCACCGGGCCAGGCCCAUGCGCAUCGUCAUCCGGACCGAGAACGUGAAGAAGCUGGCUAACAAGUCAGCUAGAAAAUGGCAGAAGCAGAACUUGUACCCAAGCUGCCUGACCGCAAAUUCUACAACUCUAAGUACUAUGGUCUCCUGCCUCUCGGGUAACUUCCUACUGCUGCUGCUGCAACUCCCCCCCGACUCUCCAAUCUACCUGCACACCAACGCAUUCCGGGCACUGGUUCCUCAGCUGGCCAGGCUGUACCCUGAUAUGGAGGUCGAGCUGGAGGCACCUCCUGAAUCAGAACCAUUCCUGACGUUCACACCUGGAAAUGUGACUUUCAUGCCAGUGAUGGACAUCCGAGCCUUCGCCCUCCAGCCCAACUCCUCUGACCGCAAGCCACUCUUCCAACUCAGGGCGAAAACCAACAUUUCUGCCACCAUCAAUGUGAGCUCGGGUAGGAUCUUUGGUUCGGUGGCCUCAGGAAGUAAGCUGAAGCUCGAGCUGAAGCACUCCAGCAUCAGUCGCUUCAACGUGGCGUUGAUGGAAGCUGUCUUCAACUACUAUGCGCUUACGACCAUCUUCCCCUCUCUCAAUGCAAAACUUGAGAAGGGCUUCUCGCUCCCUCUUCCAAGAGACACCGCUCUCGGCAGCCUGGAGUUCCAAAUUCACAAGGUCAGUGAGAAGUGGGGUCUGAGCGAGGGGCUCUAA